CCCUUUCAUUCAUUAAUUAAUUCAUUCAUUCAUUCGAAUAUUGUACCGCCAAAUAACCGACAAUUACUUCCUGAUCCGCCUCAUAAAUCACCGGACCAAUAAACAGUCGCAGAGAAUCGCAGCCCUGAUUGGAGCGCAGCUUGAAUCUUUCAGCCAAUGAGAAGCUGAGCAGCUACACGAAGACCCGCCCCGUCAGCACGUCACUCGCCGUGUGUUUAGGCGCCAAAUUCGCACGGCGGAGCUCGAGGGCAGGACCUCCUUUCGCAGCGUAUGAAAGUACAAGAAAAGAGAGAUUAAUAGUGAGGCGUCAGCGGAUCGAUCAGUAGGUAUUAACAGUGACACAUAUUAAUAUUAUACGACGUUAACAGAUAUCAGUACCGCUGAGCGCCGCGCCAUCAUCAUCAUCAUCAUGUCCCAGUCGGACUCGCACUCGUACUCGCCGAGCUUCAAGCGGCCCGCGGACACGCUGCGCUCCCGCAGGAAGAGGACGCGAGGCGGCGCCGAAGGAUCCGAAAGCUCCGGCGGCUCCUCCUCGCCGUCGUCGGUGUCAGUCACAGUGUCGCUCCCGGGGCUGCGAACCUCCUCCUCCUCCUCCUCCUGCCCCGCCGCACCGCCGCGAGUCGAGCCCGGCCGCUCCUCCUCGGCCGGAGGCCUCAAGCGACGCAACCCGUUCGCCAGCAUCGGCAACACGGUGAGUCCGAAGAGGAGAGUCGCCGACGACGACGGCGCGGGGGACGAAUCGCCCUGCGGGGAACGGCGCGGAUCCGGGGGCGCGCAGAGCGGAAAGGUGUCGGAGCUGCUCGACCGCCAGGCGGCGGCGGCGGAGACUGCAAGCUGUGCGGCAGAGCUGGACUCCCUGCUGCCCAGCGCUUCGAUGGCAGAGGGGGACGCGACCGUCACUGUGAGGUUCGAGGAGCCUGCGAGCGGCGCAGGAGCGCCCCUUGCAGCGAGCGCCGACUUCCCCCCCGACUGGAGUCUCAGGACUCGGUUGCUCAUCACAUCACCGCUCAGCUUCUCGUGGGCGGGGCACCUGAGGGCUCAGGAGGAGGCGCAGGGUGUGGCUCAGCACUGCCGUGGCGCGCACACACCACUGGGAGAACACAUACAGGACCCGCACUCCUGCUCCGAGCUGCGCUCUGCCUUCCACCAGUCCCUGUGCUAUUGGCAGCAUCCGUCGCUGCCCUGGGUGCCUCUGUUCCCUCGCUUGGGUGCUGACAGGAGCUUCGUGGGGAAGAGCGCCCCCUGGGGGCAGGACGAGGUGCUGCAGCAGAGCCUCAUGGGUGAAUGGUCGCUGAGCGUCACGUCGCUGUACAGCCUGGUGCGCGCGCACCUCUGCCCCUUCUUCUACCUGUGCAGCUACCAGUUCACCGUGCUGUUUCGCGCCACCGGCGUCAGCGGCACCAGGGCCAUCAGCGCUGUGCUGUCGCCCACCACCAGGGGGCUCCGCGAAGCCCUGAGGGCCGAGGGAAUCGAGUUUACGCUGCCCCUGCUGGAACGGAGGAGGAAGAGCAGGGAGCUGCGGCGCACAGGAAGGCUCGAGGAGGAGGAGGUGCGCAGCGAAGGGGGUGAGGAACCCCGUGCAGGGGCUGAGGGGUGCGACGAGGAGGAAGACGACGAAGACGACACUUUUUCUUGGCUGGAGGAGAUGGGCGUCCAGGACAAGAUAAAGAGACCCGACUCCAUCGCGGUCAAACUACACAAGGAGCACUCCGAGGUGCGAGUGGACCGGCGGCCCGAGUCCGCGCUCCUGGUCCAGGGUUCCGGCACAUUCACGCUCCUCAACUUCCUCAUCAACUGCAAGGGCCUGGUGGCGGCGGCAGGACCUCAAGCGGGGCUUCCCCCCACCCUUCUGGCCCCUGUUGCUUUCCGGGGGGCCACGCUGCACACGCUCAAGGCACGCAGCAUCCGUGCCAAGACCCGGGUGCGAAGUGGCUACACGGAUGUGUGCAGCCUGGAGGUCACCGGACCCGUGAUGCCGCACGCCCUGCACAGCCUCACCCGGCUCCUGCGGUCGGCCCAGGGGGGGCGCUUCUCGGUGGGGCUGUACCCUCACGAAGCCACGGCCGUGUUCAACACAAGCGUGUCGCUGCCCGCGACGGGCCGGGACCAGGACGAAACAGAAGACCUCCGUCACUUGGGAGCCUCCGGUCUCUUGCCCAGCACCAUCGAGCACCUGGCGGAGCCGCCCAGCCUGGGCAAAGCGGCGCUCAGACACCUGCACAUGGACGACUCUGUCUGCACCUGGAGCACCUGAGGCCUGUGGGACGGUCUGCACAGCAAACCCACACCCUUCUGCAAGCGAGAACGCUGUCUUUUUUUAAAUGAAUAUUCUGUGUGUGUGUGUGUCUAACUUUCGAUGUGAUUAAAAGGAAAUUGGAC